AUGGCGCCACCGUCGGAAACUUCUGCCAAUUACCAGCAGCAAUACAAUGAGUUCAUCGCGAACCUCACGGCUUAUCACCAGAAGCGGGGGACCAAUCUCGAACCAGAACCCCGCGUCGGGAAUAAGCAUGUCGACCUGCUGCAGCUCUUCAAGACGGUGGUUGAGCGGGGAGGAUACGACAAGGUCAGCGACGAGAAAUUGGCGUGGCGCAAAAUGGGACAGGACUUCAACCUAGGCACCGCCAACCUCCCAGCCCUCGCCUUCAGUCUGAAGUCGACUUAUUACAAGAAUCUUGCGGCGUAUGAGAUAUCCACCAUCCAUGGGAAAGAACCGCCUCCAAAAGAGAUUCUCGAAGACGUUACAGCCAAAGGCGGAGGCUUGCUGGAGCGAACCGUCGAGAACUAUCGCCCUGCGAGCCGCCGCGAGACAAACGCGUUGGGAUUGGAGGGCUCAGAAGCGUCCGGUGAUGAUGGAACACCUAUGAGAGACCUCGUUGGUGAGGAAACGCCUGGAAGCGGAGGACGAGCAACAAGGGGCUUGCGACAGGCCCCCCCACAGAGAGUCCUCUUUCAGCCAGACACCCAGCCUUCACGCCAAAGACACAACCUUCUUCCGCCCGGUUCCGCGCCGCUUCCUCCACGAGGGGCAUCUACAUCAUACAAUCCCUCAUCGAACCCCGAUUCGUUCUCGCAUGCCGUCUCAAACUACGAACCGCGGCCUCAGAUGCCAUUGACGCUUCGCCCCGUCAUUACACCGGCGAACAACCCCUCCGAAUUCAAACGUAUACGUGCGGCAAAGGAGCAGCUACUCAAUCCUCUCGCCAGACCGGCUCCGAGCGCACGGAUCAUGCUCCCUGGCACUGGCUUUGAUGGGCCAAAUAUCUACGUCCGCUGUCUACUAGCACUUAAAUCCGGGGUUCAGGAAGAGCAGGACUACGCGCUCCACCAUCUCGUCAAGAUCUCGAUGGAGCGGGGUGACAAGUACCGCUUUGAGUCAUUUGCGGGUCUGGCAGAGGCACUGGUUGAUAAGAUUUUGGAAGUCAGCUCUCUAUUCUAUGAAGUUACGUGGCAGGUGGUCUAUCCCGACGAUGGCAAAGAGCGCGACUGGAACACGCUCGAUGGCCUAAAGGGGACGCCGGAUAUUCUAGAGCGUGUUGGGAAGCUAGCACGGAAGGCUGUCGACGACAGCAUCCAUCCUGAGAACUUCAGCGACAAGAUGCUGCAGGUCGUCGAGGCUGCCCUGACGCUGCGGAACAUGGUGAUGUUGGAAGACAACGCGCACUACGUAUCAGAGAUGCGGCCACUGCGGGACAUGUUGAGCAUCGUCCUCAACCUGCCUAACCUUGAGGCGCUCGUUGAGCUGAAGCACUACGCCCUCGACAUCGUCGAGCAACUCACCAAGUACCUCCACUUCAGCGCCACCGACCCCCUCUACCUCUCUCUCCUCGCGCAACUCGACUCGCCCGACCGCGGCGCAGUCCUCACCUCCCUCCGCGCCAUCAGCCGCAUCUCAAUGAACCUCGAGGACACCAACCGGCUCGAAGGCAUCCCCCCCACCACCCUCCAACGCAUCCUCGACUGGACACUCCUCGACGACGAAGACCUCGUAAACUCCUGUCUCGACUUCCUCUACCAAUACACCGCCGUCCUCCCGAAUGUCUCCCUCAUGACGCACUCCAUCGACCUCCCCUCUCUAGUCGCCCAACUCACCCGCCUCCUCAUCUACGGCGCCAAAGAAACAACUCGCGACCUCCUCCUCGCGCCACCCACGCGCCGCCCUCCCCCCUCCGAAAUCCCACCCAUCCCCGCCCCCCUCCUAACUGCCCUCCUCGCCCUCGAUGAACCAGAACGCUCCUCCAAAUGGCUGCGCUGCCUCUUCGAAGAAGACAAGGACGAGGCGAUAACCCAGAUCGCCCUCUGGCAAGCCUACCAAGCCCGCUUCGCACACGCCGUCGACAAGAUGGGUCGUCCCCUCCUCCCAGCCGCGGAGUUCAUCAAGAACGUCAGCACGACUUUUGCCGACAAGGCCGCGGCUCAGGUGCAGGCUGGCCCGGUGCAGAAAUUCAUCAUCAAGGGCAUCCGCAUCCGCGACGCCCCUGUCGAUCUCACAGGCCGUCCAUACCAAAAGUGCCAGUGGACAACACCCACCCCCGACGGCACAAGCACCCGUCCCUGCGGCGGCUUCUUCAUGGAGCCAGCCGAGAUGUUCGAGCACAUCUUCUCCCACCACCUCCGCGUCCCCAAGACCGCUUCUCCAUCUCCUUCCCCCCAGCCCACCGGCGGCGAGGGUGCAGCCGAGACCGCACCGGCGGAACCUAAGCCCGAGAAGACGGAGACGGAGAAAUUCACAAACGACGAGGGGACAUACCGUUGUCUCUGGCCCGGGUGCACCAAAUUCCGCAACCCCACUCUUAUCCGCCCCGCCCAGCUAGCACCACACAUCAAGAUCCAUCUCCCACCCCCCUCUCCCCCCUCCGAUUCCCUCAAGCACCCGAGCUGGGUAUCCCCAGCUUCGACGAAGAGUUUCUCGUUCCUGUCCACGGCGGUGGAUGAGCGGGGUGAUGCGGCGGGGAUCCCGCUUACGGCUGUGCUGGUGCUGAGGAAUUUGGCGAGGAAUUUGAGGAGGCUGGGGAGGGAGGAGGAGGAUAGGGAGGAUGAGAGGGAGGCUGGGGGGGGACGGAAGGUGGCGAGGUAUUUUGGGGGGGUGGAGGGGGAGUUGUGGUUUGUGUUUGCGCAUAAUAAGAGUUUGGCGUCAUACCUAGGAGACCUCCUCAUCGCCAUCGCUGAAUAAGCAAAGCAGCGACUAUACCAGGCAGGUCGGUCGAUCUCCUCAACCGACACCACCAUCGUCUCUUGUCAGGGAUGACCAUACCCAUCCCCAGUCGACGGAUCGAUCAUACUGGCGUUUUUCAGGAACAAUGCAGGUUAUAUUAUGUAGUUUACAGGUUUUUUACCAUCGGAAAACGGCGUCUUCGGGGAAACGGGAAUUGAAAGGAGGGAAGGAAGAAUCGGCGGAUGAUUUUAUCGUCCGAGUAUGUAUGCGCGCAGAGGAUGGAUGUAUAGUAGCUCUAUUUUGCUGGAACGAAAUUUUUAUAACCCG